AUGGUGCAAGUAGAUAUCUUAGGCCACAGAGCCUACCGAGGACUAUACCCUGAAAAUACGCUGCUCGCAUUUGAUAAAGCAUACGAAGCAGGGGUUGAUGUGAUAGAGACAGAUCUUCAAAUGAGUGCGGAUGGUAUUGUUGUGGUAAACCAUGAUGCUACUACUGGCAGGAUAUGGAAUCGGGACUAUACCAUUGGUGAAACAAAAUGGGAAGAAUUGCAGACACUUCGCUGCAAUGAUCCCAAAUUUGCUGAUCAAAGAAUGCCCAGUUUUGUUGAAGCAUUGAAGUGGGCCGUCGAACAUCCACGAGCAAAACUGAUGCUGGAUAUCAAGUUCACAAAUGACAAAAUCAUUUUGAUCAAAAGUUUUGCCGAUAUGCUUAAAGUGAAGAAUGAUUUAGCAUACUGGAAGAAGCACAUCAUCUGGGGCCUCUGGACAGUCGAUUGGUACGCAUUUGGCGUGCAAACCGGUAUUCUCAACGACUUCCCUUUAGUGUGCAUCACACUUUCUCUACAUGUCGCUAAAAGUUUCGUCGAGUACUCCAAGAAAUUGGAUAACCCACAUUAUAAACUAUCAGGUGUCAGCUUACACUUCGUGUCUACUUGGAGUGACCAAUUCCAACAGAAGUGGCUCCCAUAUUUGAAGGAAAAUAAUGUGAGAAUAUAUGUUUGGACUAUCAACCACGAAAUCGAUUUUAAGUAUUGUAAUGCAUUGCCUAUUAGCGGGUUUGUAACUGACUACCCUUUACAGGCCCGCAGUGCGAUAAGUAAGUACAAACGAAGUGACACUGUGUUCCAAAAACCUAAGAUCGGCUCCAAAGAAGGAUUGAGAUUUUACGCAUUUUUAACGCUUUACUCCUGGAUCGCGCAACUACUUUUUUCUCCGUGGUCUCAGUAUAAGGUGAUUGGGCAAUGGUCUUUCUCCUAUCUCAUGCUAAAAUUACUCAAGCUAAUACACUUUUUAUAG